AUGGAGCCGCUGGAGGAAGAGGCGGAGGCAGGUCCGGGUUUCCAGCACCGACAGGCGGCGGCGGAGACGGCUACCCCUGGACGAGCCCCCGUUCCCCUCCCCGCCCCCUGCCCUCCGCAAGCGCCGCCCGCCCGGGCGCGGGGUCGCGCGGGAGGGCGGGGAGUCCCAGGGGACCGGCAGUGGCCUCAACGCCCAGGCGAGAGAGCAUUCGUGGUGCAGCAGCGCGGGGUCAAGCCCCCAGGUCCGCCCGGAGGAGGCGGCGUCGGCGGACGGGGCGGCAGCAGCCGGCACAGUGCUGCUUGUGAUAUGAGACACUGCAGCUCCCGAGGAACCAGAGGUGGCAGCGACCGGGGAAAAAAGGGCUAUUUGCCUCAUUUCGCUAUUCCACGAAUCCCAGGGAACAGCCCGGAUUCUUCAGGGGUCAAGUGAAAGGACAGGGAGACGACGCGGGCGCACACCGCAUGCAUACAAAACGCACCCCUGCGUACACGCAUGUGCGUGGGCAUGAACUAGCUAUGGAACUGCAGAUAUGUACAGAUCCCGCUUCGUGAUGCCAUGUGGGUCCCUGCCCUGCGUGACAAGUUUAAGCAGAAGACUUGGGGGGGGGGGCAGGGGCUUCCCAGAGCCUGACACUGCUCACAGCCUCCACCCAAGGGAGCAGGUAAAGACGUGUGCAUGCCAGGCAAGAGGAUGAAAAUAUCCCUCAGUCCCGCCCUUCUUAAAAUGUAGAAUUGCCUUACAGGUUUCUGGAAUGUUCAUUCAUUUUAAUGUUUUGUAGCUUGAUGA